UAUUCUACGCCGUGAAGUGCAUCAAAAUAUGAGGAUGCUUACGGAUCACAAUAUUUUGCAGUGAUUGUAUGUGAUUAAAAUUCGCGGAAGCCCCGGAAACUAGCAAAUAACUGUUCACCAUAGUUUCGAAUAGACAGUAUUGUACUUCCCGUGGAAAUCGUGUUGAGUCACAUAUGCUGAAUGGUUUUGUGUACUGUAAUUUUAUCGAAGCUGUGAUUUAGUUAAACAUUCUUAGCUCUGCAGUGCGAAAACACACGAGAAAAGGCAAAUGUCGUAUUGGGCCAGUGUUGUGAAUGGAUGUUCUUUGACCCCGUUUUGCUGUUAAAGUGAAAUCUUUGUUCCACACUAAUCGUGUUGGUGCGACCUUUGCGUAGGAAAUAAUUUGAAAAUUGCACGAUGCCCAUCCUGUACAGUGUCAUCACGCGGGGGCCCACCGUUCUGGCCAAGUAUGCCGAGUGCGUCGGAAACUUCGCCGAGGUGACGGAGCAGAUCAUACCGAAGAUCAAACUGGACGACCACAAGCUGACCUACUCGCACGGGAACUAUCUGAUACACUACAUCUGCGAGAAUAGGAUCAUCUACAUGUGCAUUACGGACGAUGGCUUCGAACGAUCACGCGCCUUCUACUUCCUGACCGAGAUCAAGAAAAAGUUCAUCCAAACCUAUGGUCUCACGGUGGCCACGGCGAUCGCGUUCGCCAUGAACAGCGAGUUCUCCCGGACGUUGGCCCAGGACAUGAAGCACUACAGCGAAUCGCGGGACGUGGACGCCAUCAGCCAGGUGCACGGCCAGAUCGGCGAACUCAAGGACAUCAUGGUGAAGAACAUCGAGAACAUCACGAACCGGGGCGAACGGCUGGAACUGCUGGUCAACCAGACGGAGAAUCUACGAAAUAAUUCGGUAACAUUCCGCCAGACGUCGCGCAACCUGGCUCGAACCAUGUUCUGGCGAUCGGUUCGGAUGUACUGCCUGAUCGCGGCGAUCCUCCUGUUCGUAAUCUACAUCGUAAUAAGCAUGUCCUGCGGGGGUCUUCUGUGGUCCAGUUGCAUACACAGCGGCAAGAAUGCGGCACCGGUAACGCCACCUCCGACGUCUCCACCGGGUCUCGACGACGUCGUUUAAACGACUGACUAAUCACCGAAGAAAUUUGCAAGGAAUGAAUGAGACAGCAUGCGAGUCAGUCCCGCGGAAGGACGAAGAUUUUUCUUCAUGCGAUUACAUUGGUAACGACUUGAAUAAACUGGGAAGGGUAACGGGAGGGUAUUCUUGUAGCGAUCUUUUCGUCAGUCUGAGAAUUGUAUCAAAUCAAAAGCAAAGAAUUUUAAGCUGUAAUGUGUAGAGCUAUAUUCUACUUUUACCACUUGGAACCGGAAGCAUAUUAUACUUUAAACUUAAAUGCUCUGCGUUGCGACGUAUAUGCAGGACUCGUGGCAGUUUCCGGUAAUCUAUCCAGCCUUGUUUUUCCGUGGUUAUAAUUAAUCUCUAGUAUAAUAGGAUUACUUAGUAAUGCGAAUCGUUAAACUUUAAAAACA